AUGGCCACCCAGAUCAACGACGGAGCUUCCUCUUCUUCUUUCUCUCCCCAAUUCACCUAUGAUGUUUUCUUAAGUUUCAGAGGUGAAGACACCCGCUAUAAUUUUACAAGUCAUUUAUAUCAAGCUUUAUGUGAUAAGGGUUUUAACACCUUUAUUGACAAUGAACUUCCAAGAGGAGAAGAAAUUUCAAUGGAACUUCUUAAAACUAUUGAAUUGUCAAAGAGUUCGGUUGUUUUGUUCUCUGAAAAUUAUGCAUCUUCUAGUUGGUGCUUAGAUGAACUUGUAAAGAUUCUUGAGUGGAGGAAUAACGGACUAUUCGUUCUACCUGUAUUUUACAAAGUGGAUCCGUCAGAAAUUCGUAAACAAAAGGGAAAGUUUGGAGCAGCGCUAACUCAACAUGAAGAAAAUUUGAAGGAUAAUGUGGAGAAGGUUCAGAGGUGGAGGACUGCUUUGAUUAAAGCAACUGGCUUGUCUGGGUUGCAUUACAAGGAGGGUUGUAAUGAAUCUGAAACUCAAUUUAUCCAAAGAAUUAUUAAAGAGAUAUCAGUUACUAAAUUGAAUCGCACUCAGUUAUUUGUUACUGAACACCCAGUUGGAAUAGAAUCUCGUGCGGAUGCUAUACAAUCUCUUUUAGAUUUGAAGUCAAAUGAUGUUCGCAUGGUAGGGAUUUAUGGUCUUGGAGGAGUAGGUAAGACUACAAUUGCAAAGGCUAUUUAUAACAGAAUCGCUAAUUGUUUUGAAUUGAGUUACUUUCUAGAGGAUGUCAAAGAAAAGUCGAGUACAAAUGAUGACAUGAUCAAACUACAAGAGACGCUUCUUUCUAAGAUCUCACGGGGCAUGUAUAUAAAGGUAGACAGUGUACCCGAAGGAAUUAUCAUGAUAAAGGAAAGACUUUGUCUUACAAGAUUUCUUUUAAUUCUUGACAAUGUGGCUGAAUAA